AACACCACCACUUCCUCCUCCUCCUUCACGCCACCUUCACUGCUCCCUCCUCCCUUCUCUUCGUCAGGUGCUGUGGCCUUUCUUGACGUGACUGCCUGCCUCACCAUGGCGUCCCUCAUGACCGCAUGCCGCCUGACGGCGAGGUUGGCACGGCCAAACACUCGGGGCUUCCGGACCUCCACUGCCUCCCUCGCCGCCCAGAAUUUCACUAUGCCCGCCCUCUCUCCGACCAUGACCGAGGGCAACAUCGCCGCUUGGCACGUUAAGGAGGGCGACAGAUUUUCCGCCGGCGACGUGCUCCUCGAGAUCGAGACCGAUAAGGCUACUAUGGACGUCGAGGCCCAGGACGACGGCGUCAUGUUCAAGAUCACCACCGGCGACGGCGCCAAGGGCAUCCAGGUCGGCACCCGCAUCGCCGUCAUCGCUGAGGAGGGCGACGACCUCAGCACACUCGAGGUCCCGGCCGACAAGGCGCCUAAGCAGGCCGCCGAGACGCCGAAGGAGCAGGAGGAGGAUACCAAGUCCGAAUCCGUGCCGCAGGAGGAGAGGACAGCCUCGGGGUCUGACGACGUGGCCCCAACUGCCCACUCGGGUGCCAAGGGUGGGAAGGCCCAAAAGCAGACAUACCCGCUCUACCCGUCAAUCAUCCAGCUACUGCACGAGAACGGUCUAGAUGCCUCCAAGGCCGACGAGAUACCGGCCACCGGGCCCAAGGGCCGCCUGCUGAAGGGUGAUGUCCUGGUCUAUCUGGGCAAGGCGAAGUCCGACUCGGCGGCCAAUGUGCAGGCGAUAUACGACAAGCUGGCGCACCUGGACCUGAGCAAUGUCAAAGUCGCCGAGAAGAAACCUGCGCCCGCAGCUGCAAAGCCUGCCGGUGCCGCCAGCCCCGCCCCCGUUCCGGUCGUCGAGGAUCUGCAGGUCGCCCUGCCCAUCUCCCUGGCGUCGGUGAUCGAGGUGCAGAAGAAGGUCCAGGAGACACUCGGGGUCUUCAUGCCCCUGUCGACCUUCAUCGCCCGCGCUACUGAGGUGGCCAACGACGAGUUGCCACUGGCUGCCGACUACAAGCCAUCCGCAGACGAGCUGUUCAACCAGGUGCUAGGGCUUGAUCAGGCCGGACCCCAUGGCUCUAGGGGCCACUACCUACCGCAGAUCUCGGCCCUACCGCCACCAGCCUCCUUCUCGCAGAGGGCAGUUAAGGCUACCAGGCCGGAUAUUAUUGAUAUCCUCUCCAGUGGGUCAGCGAAGAAGACAACGACGGUGGCUUCACCAACGACCAGACCAUCUGGUCUGUCGACGGGGCUGAAUGUGUUCAGCCUCAAGGUGCCCAAGGCGGAGGAGAAGAGGGCCAAGACGUUCCUCGAGAGGGUCAAGCUGGUGUUGGAAAACGAGCCGGGGAGGUUAGUCCUAUGA